UAAAGAGCAGCCCAACCCCACGACGGGAUCAAUUGUUCCCUCGACAUCCCGCUCAUCUUCUUUCUCAUCUCUUCUUUUCCCAUCUCAUCGAGUACCUAACCUAUCUUUACAACCAACAUGUCGGCGCAAGACUACUACAACCAAGGCCAGCAAGGCGGAAACGGUGGCUACGGCCAGCAGCCUCCCCAGAACAACCCCUACGGCUACAGCCAUGGCCAACCCGCUCCCCAGUACCAGAGCCAGCAACAGGGCGGCUACCCCCCUUACGGCGGCCAGCAAGACGCUCCCUACCCUCCUCACAACUCCUACUCCUCCCCUCCUCCCCAAGGUGGCUACCACGAAGCACCUCCUCAGUAUCACGGGCAAUCACAAGACUACAGCCACCAGUCCUACGGAAACGCCCCCCCGCCCCACAAUCCCCAAGCGCCCUACGGCCAGCCACAGUAUGGUCAGGAUGGCCAGAGACAAUACCAUGACCAGAGCCAGCAGAGCUAUGGCCAGGGUCAGGGUCAGGGUUACGGUCAUCAGCAGGGAUACCCACCACAGCAUCAGCAAUACCCAGGCCAGGGCGGCCCAGGAGGUCCAGUAGGCCCUGAUGGUGAGCGUGGUCUCGGCGCUACGCUGGCUGGUGGUGGAAUGGGCGCCAUGUUAGCGCAUGCUGGUGGGGCGGGCACCCUGGGUGGUGUGGUGAGCGCGGUUGGAGGCGCGAUUGCGGCGAAUCUGUUGGAGGAUAAGCUUCAGAAGAAGAAGAAGGACAAGAAGGACAAGAAGGAUAAGCAUCACAAGAAGGACAAGCACCACAAGAAGGACAAGCACCGCGGCGGCAGCAGCAGCUCCGACUCGAGUGAUUCGGACUAAGGCUGGGGAUUGACUUGAUAUGGAUAAACGAGAGGUAAUGAUACCCGAUUUGCGGACGGAGUAGUGGGAUACUGCGAUGACAUUUCCAGCAUAAUACAGCAACUUGUUUCAUACUCGUUCUCCAAAUCUACAAAUAAUGAGCACCCGUCACGGAGCAAUCGUUUCGCAAACAUGCCUGAUAUCCAAAACCAUUUGAGAUAUCCGGCUGUUGGGUCCAUUCUCCAUGCCAUCAUGGGACUAGGCAUUCGGCGGUGUACCAAACCCCAAGCGCCAUUACACGUGUACACUGACACCUUUCUUGGUCCCGUGUCCAGCUUCGUUGGUCCUCAUUGCUCGCGUUUUUCGGACCAAAUCUAGCAAUCUCUAUACUACCAAAGCAUAUGGGGACAUGUGUCAUAAGGACACAACCACUGUAUUUCCGCCUUGAAUGUCUCCCGUAGUCGCCGCCAGACUAUCGCUACUAUGAGAUGAGAACCAAACAAGCUCUGGGCAGCAUCUUCCUCUGGGCGUUGCAGGUAAAUCACUUUACUCGAAUCUCGGCAAUGGUGUGCAUUAUCUGUGAACAUCAUCAUGACCAUCAAGGGUGGCGGAGGGGCUAAGCGCUCGAGAAACCCUCAAAGUUCGAAUGCCGACUAAGGACGAUGUAAGUGUUAGUGCCCCCUCCGGCUACAGCGGUGUACAGGCGUAGUUUACUAACGGGAAUUUCAGGGAUGUCUCCCGUCAGCACAUCUCAACUCACACCACAACCCCCCUCGCAAUUCCGCGCUGCUAUACCCAACUUCAACAUUUUGUCACUUCUCCCGAGGUUGAUCCCGCGCCCAUGAAUAUCUAUCAUCCAAUUUGCAGGUGCCACGAACGACUGCUAAGCUGAUAGGCCAUCAUAGCAGACGUGGCAGUCGUUUCCUCAUACCAGUCCGAACCCAGCUCCGCCAUCUCCUUGACCAACGUAGCAUGAACAUCGGCAGCCAGUUUCUCCACGAGCACCAACCGAACAUCAUUUAGACCAGGCUUGGACCCCCAAAUAAACACCUGGCUCCGUUCUCGGGUAUCGUUGCCGUUCGUCGACAUGGACUUCCCCUUCCCAUCUCGAGGCCACUUAAUUAUAGCAGCUGGGACGUUCCUCGAUCCAUCCUCAACUUCCGGUUUGGUGGUGGUGUACUGUCUCUUAUACACCACUUCCAGGUCUUGAUCUGUUACGCUACCCAAGGAGAAAAACUGCUGAUGGGCGGGUACCUCAAAUCGCAUUUGAUACAAUUCGCCUUCUACGGGCGGCGCCUCACUGAAGAAUCCCAGCAUGGUUUCCUCGGCAACUAUGUCAUGCCGCAACAACAACAAUUUCAGAUUCGGAUGAUCCCCGCCGCUGGGUUGUUCAACCACCGAAACUUUGAUGAGAUCCGGGAAUUGCGCAGCAGCAAUGACCGACGACCGAAGAAAGAAUCCAUACCUGGGAACGGCGGCGGCAGAAGAACGAUGAUGAUGAUGAUGAUGGACUGUGGUGGGAUCGUCGAUUGUAAACAUGAAGCGGUCGAUAGAAGUUUUCAAGGCUCUCCGCACGACAUGGCCAUCCUCCACGGGAGACCCUUCCAGGCUGCCCUGAUACAAAUAACCCAAACUCAGCGCACCGUCCACUAGCGCGUCGAUCCAGUUGCCGUCAACGAAAAAGAAACGGAGGCUCUCGCGGGGUAGCAUGCUCUGGCCGGGUAAGAGGUAGCGCGACGGGACGUUGACGAGGUGGUACAGAUCUGAAACGAAGCGGAGGAUGAUACUCCAGUCCGACGACGAGCUGCUGGGAUCGGUGAGGUCGUCGUCGUCGUAGGUCGUCGUCUUCCAGCCUCCUCCCCGUUCACUAGUUCCUGGGUGCAAGAUCUCAUGGCGGACGCGCGUGAGAGAAACGGUGAAGCCUUCAUUCGCCAAAGCUAGCGAGCGACCUAGUGACCAGGCGGAGGAGUAGGUGAUGUCCAUCAUGUCCAGUUUCUCAUCAAAGAUUCUGAGGUCGACGCCGGAGUUGGAGGAGAGAAAAUCCCGUUCUAGUGGGGCAACGAAGUUGGGUGUCAGCGGGCCGCGGAUGAGGGCGGGGGUGGGUUCCCCUGUUGGCGUCCUGGAGCGCACGAUGGUGUAGCCUUCUUCAAACCGGUUGAGCAUGCGCUUUCCUGCGUCAUCUAGGUGUUCCGAGUGGGGCGGGAUGAUGGGCUUGAGCAUGCUCGCUGUACGGGCUAGGUUCUCAAAGGUCUGCUUUACGUUGAGAGAAUUCGGCGGAAGGCAGGUGUAGGACCAGCUGUGGAGGGAGACGAGCCCGACGCGGGCAGGUUGCUCGGGCGAUGAUGAGCCUGGUACAACUUCGGGGAGAGGUAAGGGGUUCAGCGAUUCGACGCCCUCGAGGGAGACGAAAUGGACGAUCAUUUCAGAAGCUUUGUCACCGUCGAGAGGCCCGAUGCGAUUAGCGAUUACGACACUGAACUCCCGGCUGGUAUCGACCUUGUCUGAGUCGGUUCCCCUUGUGUUCAUCCGGACGACGUGGGCCAGCAACCGGUGUCGCGAAAUAUCUGGAGUGCCCGGCUGCGGUUGCCCGUUGUCAUCGUAGGCUGCAAACAAACGAUUGAAUAACGAUGCCUUGGGAAAGAUCAUGUUCGUACUGGGUUCGGUCGCCGCUUGGUCGAGGUCGACUUGGUCGUCAAAUGGGACACUGGCUGUUCCCUCCUUCAGCUUGACGAGGUCACCCAACGGAACGCGGACUGCCAUGGACUCCGACUGCUUUGGCGGAUGAGCAUUGAGGCUGGUAUGCGCAAAGAUUCCCGCCUUCUCGACAUCAUUCAGGCGAAGCUCGUCCGGGGAGAAGAUCAAGAGCGCCAUCCAUGGCACGGCGUGUUUGGAAUAGUCGUCGGUACAAUGACCCUUGGCUUGGUCACUGCCGGUGCGCUCCCAUGGCAAAGUGCUGUCGUUGAGGACAAUGUGCGGAAGUGUGUCGUGAGUCGCUUCGUGGCCCUGUUCUGGGUAUAUGGAGUGGACUGAGUCUGUGGGGAGGUCGAAUCGUGGAGCGACAACUUCGAAGUGUUGACUGUCAUUCUUUGGCUCCUCUUUCUCGAGCAUAUCUUUUGAAAUGGUCUGCUGAACCUGAAUGGCGUAUGUGCCUCCUA